AUGGUCUGGAGCUUCUUCUUGUCGCUGAGCAUAGGGAGCGCCCAGUCGACAAGGUUUUGCUCCCUUGGCGGCCGCAACUUGUCUAGCGACCUCCUCCCCGUGAGCAGCUCCAGCAGAACGACCCCAAAGGUGUACACGUCGCUGCUCGCCGUCAGGUGCCCUGCGCACACCACGGAAGAAACCCUUCGGAUGAAUCCACCCACAUCCGGUUGUCGGCAGAAGUCCUCCGCUAGAAUAGAAAAUCCCCUUUUUCUCCGCGAUUCAGGCGGCGCAACCCAACGCAUCAUCCACCGCCACGGGCUGAACGUCGGAGAAGAGGACAACGUAUCGGAGCUCCAACAGCAUGGCUUCUGAUAUUCCCAUCUCAGGGAUAUCAGAGCCCAUCAGUCGGCGUAACCCAGCAACUACACACACAGUUCCUUACCGUCUACCGGUAUCAAAUGAUCGACGGCGCCAAGGCAAGCCGUGGAAAACCAGGAGAACGUUCACAGCAGUUAGCCUUCAAAGAGCUCAUAUCCUCUACCACUCUCUCGCCGGAGAACAAGCACGAGCUCUUAAAUCAUGAGAUCGCCGCAUAGGACAUAGCAGAAAACAGUGGCAAUGACCCAGAAAAGAAACAUAGCUCAAAGUCAACUCUCAAAUGGCCGAGAUUUUACCUGUCAUCACGUACUCCGGAGCUGCAUACCCCGGAGUUCCCAUAAUCCGAGUUGAGACGUGGGAUUCAUCGCCAACCGGCCCAUCUUUUGCCAGUCCGAAGUCCGAAAGCUUUGCAUUGUAGUCCUGACGACCCAUCAAAUAUCGAGGAUAAAUGACCGGCGAUUCAGAGCGUGAUAAUAUAGUUGCUGUGAAGAAUAUGGUGAUAAUCCGAAUACAGUGGAUGGGCCAUUCUGGUUCUCUGCUGUUCAUGUUCAUGUUCAUGUUCCUGUUGGAAGGCUGAUCAUCUUCUGAAUAAUUAGAGGACAGGGACGGAUGCAGCAAUGUUUUCUAUCUUUAAAUGUAUUCAUCGCAUCAAAGCAAACCCGAAAGCUGAAAUCGAGGGAAAAAAAAGAAAUCAUUCUCAUCCAUAGCAUAUAAGAAUCAUAUUAUUAUCAGUUCAUGUCCUGUAAAAUGAGCUCUGCCCGUUAAAAAAAAGCCCUAAGUUGAAUGAAUGGAUGAAGAUUCAGGAGAACAUUGAGCAGAAUCCACCGCCGGCUAACCUCGUCGAGGAGAAUGUUUGAGGUCUUAAAAUCCCGAAAGAUGACCGGCUGUUCGGCCUCGUGGAGGAACGCGAGCCCCUUGGCAGCUCCGAAGGCGACUUUCAUUCUGAUGGACCAAGGGAGGGGCAGCAAUUCUACCAGGAACAGGGUGGGCAGUUGGGUCAGUUCGUCAGAAUCGGCGGCAAUCAACCCUCCGUCAAGCAGAAUUGAUCGUCUGGGGGGGUGAGAAAUGGGAGGAAUUACUUGAAAAGAGGUUAAUUUCUGCGCUGCCCCGGGUCAUGAACUCGUAAACAAGCACACGGUGGUCGUCCUCGCAGCAAUACCCGACCAGCUUGACCAGAUUUGGAUGCGAGAGCUGGCCCAGGUAGAUGACCUCCGCCUGCAACCAUCACAGAAUCGAGAAUAAAAGAGAGGGAAACCUAGCCCGGGGAAGAAACAUCAAGAAAACUGGUGGGAAUUCAUGGUACCAGCCAUUCCCGGUGGCCCUGAAAGCUCCUCUCGCCGUCGUGGACCUUGACGGCAACAUCAAUGGGCGAGAUCCCCUGCCUUAGAUCUUUAGGGACGAACCCCUUGUAGACCCUUCCGAACCCUCCUCCGCCUAAGACAUGGUCUUUCCUGAAAUUGCCCGUUAUGGUCUUCAGCUCGAGGAACGUGAAUGCGAUCAGCGGGUUGCUCCCCUGCUCUCGCCGCAGAUCCUCCACCUCUUUAGGAUUCGACGGCAUUCUCUGGCUGGCCUGCGUCUCAUAUUUCACCGGAUCCUCUAACGCGGGAGAUUCUGAUCGUACAAGAAAAACAGAGGCCGCUGAGAGUAAGCAUCUAGCGCCGAAUCGGGUGGUUUCUAUCCGCUUCAUCGAGAAUUAAACCGACGGGAUUGAAACCUUCAUCGCAAGAACUCCCCGCGAAUAAGAUCUCAGAACUUUCAGAGGCGAAGACGAUGCGUAACAACGGGGAGGAGGAAACAAGAACCCAGGAAGGAAAACCACCUGACUUCGUGUGGGAGGAAAUUCCGUAAACGGAUGGGCUCCAACUGGUCCAGCAGUUUCCCAUCAACCUCGCAGCCGCAGACUCCCGCCUCACCAGCAGGCCAUCCCAGGCUUGGAGAAAAUUGAUGGAGAAGCGGAGAAGGAAACAGGAACGGACAAAGAACAGACAACUGUUUCACCGAUGCACUUUCUAGUCUGGACCCCGUUUGUUUCUGAUGGAGAACGGGAAGUAGGUGAGGAGGGAGAUGGGAGAGGAGGAGCGUCGAAUUGUGGAUGGAAAGGCUCUCCCUCUCCUUCUGUGGACACUUUUAGUAUCUACUGAAUCUGAAAUCCUCUGGGUAG